CCGCCGUGGCCCCUGCCCUCAGGGCGCCCCAUGAGGCGCGCGGCGCUGCGGGGAGGCCGCCCGCCCACUGGGGCGUUGCAGCCCGGGCUGCCGGCUCCGCCUCCUCCCGCGUUCCGCUCCACUCCGGAGCUGCGGGGAGCCGGGGGAAGGCGGUGGCGGUGCGGACAGCAUGGCUCGGGUGCUGAGCCGGGACACGGUGGACAUUGAGAACCUCCUGGCUUUAAACCCCCGAACGCAGACUCAUGCAACUCUUCAUUCAACUGUAACGAAGAAACUAGUCAAGAAGCAUUGGAAAAGGAAUUCUGACAAAAGUUGUUCUAAUUGUGAGAAACUAGAAAAUAAUUUUGAUGACAUCAAGCACACGACUCUUAGUGAGCGAGGAGCACUUCGAGAAGCAAUGAGAUGCUUGAAGUGUGCAGAUGCCCCCUGUCAGAAGAGUUGCCCAACUAAUCUGGACAUCAAGUCAUUCAUCACAAGCAUUGCAAACAAGAACUAUUAUGGAGCUGCCAAAAUGAUUUUUUCUGACAAUCCACUUGGUCUGACAUGUGGAAUGGUGUGUCCCACAUCAGACCUUUGCGUUGGUGGCUGCAAUUUGUAUGCUACUGAGGAGGGGCCAAUUAAUAUUGGUGGAUUGCAGCAGUUUGCUACUGAGGUGUUCAAAGCCAUGAACAUUCCUCAGAUUAGAAACCCUUCCUUACCUUCUCCAGAAGAUAUGCCUGAAGCUUAUCAUGUGAAGAUUGCACUUCUUGGUGCAGGACCUGCAAGUUUAAGUUGUGCUUCUUUUUUGGCUCGAUUGGGCUAUUCAAACAUCACCAUAUUUGAGAAGCAGGAGUAUGUUGGUGGCUUAAGCGCAUCUGAAAUCCCUCAGUUCAGAUUGCCAUACGAUGUAGUGAAUUUUGAAGCUGAACUUAUGAAGGAUCUCGGAGUGAAGAUAAUUUUUAGUAAAGGCCUUGCUGUUGAUGGAAUGACACUCCGUACCUUGAAAGAAAAUGGCUAUGAAGCAGUCUUCAUUGGAAUAGGUUUACCAGAACCAAACAGAGACAGUAUAUUCCAAGGGCUGAAGAUGGAUCAAGGGUUUUACACAUCAAAAGACUUCCUACCUUUGGUAGCUGUGGCAAGUAAGCCAGGGAUAUGUGCCUGUCACUCUCCAUUGCCAUCAAUACAUGGAACUGUGAUUGUACUUGGGGCAGGAGACACUGCUUUUGACUGUGCAACAUCUGCUUUACGCUGUGGAGCUCGUCGUGUGUUUGUGGUCUUCAGAAAGGGCUUCACUAAUAUCAGGGCUGUCCCAGAAGAGAUGGAACUUGCAAAAGAAGAGAGGUGUGAAUUUCUGCCUUUCCUCUCCCCUCGGAAAGUUGUACUUAGAAGUGGACGUAUUGUUGCAAUGGAGUUUGUUCGAACUGAACAGGACAGUGAUGGAAACUGGAAAGAAGAUGAGGAUCAGGUUGUUCGUCUGAAAGCUGACGUGGUGAUCAGUGCCUUUGGUUCAGUUUUGCGUGAUGCUGAAGUCAGAGAGGCCAUGGCACCUAUCAAGUUUAACAGAUGGGGUCUUCCUGAAGUAGAUCCAGAAACUAUGCAAACGAGUGAACCUUGGGUUUUUGCAGGCGGUGAUAUCACUGGUCAUGCUAACACUACAGUGGAAUCAGUAAAUGAUGGAAAACAAGCCUCUUGGUACAUGCACAGAUACAUACAGUCCUUAUAUGGUGCUGCAGUUUCUACUACUCCAGAACUACCACUCUUCUAUACUCCCAUAGAUUUAGUAGACAUCACUGUAUUAAUGGCUGGACUGAAGUUUCCAAAUCCUUUUGGCAUUGCCAGUGCAACUCCUGCUACUAGUUCCUCAAUGAUUCGAAGAGCUUUUGAAGCUGGAUGGGGCUUUGCUGUCACUAAAACAUUCUCCCUGGACAAGGAUAUUGUGACCAACGUUUCUCCGAGGAUUGUGCGUGGAGUUACUUCGGGUCCCAUCUAUGGCCCAGGCCAAGGCUCUUUUCUAAACAUUGAACUGAUCAGUGAGAAAACAGCAGCAUAUUGGUGUAAAAGUAUUACUGAACUGAAGAGUGACUUUCCAGAACAAAUCCUGAUUGCCAGCAUCAUGUGCAGCUAUAGCAAGGACGACUGGACUGCACUUUCAAAAAUGGCUGAGGCUGCUGGUGCAGAUGCACUGGAGUUAAACCUGUCAUGUCCUCAUGGAAUGGGGGAGAGAGGCAUGGGCCUGGCCUGUGGGCAGGAUCCAGAGCUGGUGCGGAACAUCUGUCGCUGGGUUAGACAAGCUGUUCAGAUUCCUUUCUUUGCCAAGCUGACCCCAAAUGUCACUGAUAUUGUGAAUAUUGCAAUGGCUGCACAGGAAGGUGGCGCAGAUGGUGUUACAGCCACCAACACAGUGUCAGGACUGAUGGGACUGAAAGCAGACGGCACACCUUGGCCAGCAGUUGGUGCAGGACUGAGGACCACAUAUGGUGGCGUGUCAGGAAAUGCUAUUAGGCCCAUCGCGCUCCGUGCAGUGUCUGCUAUAGCCCGUGCUCUUCCAGGAUUUCCCAUCUUAGCAACUGGAGGCAUUGACUCUGCUGAAAGUGGGCUCCAGUUUCUGCACAGUGGAGCUUCAGUUUUACAGGUGUGCAGUGCAAUCCAGAAUCAAGAUUUCACUGUUAUUGAUGACUACUGCACUGGACUGCGAGCUCUUCUUUACCUGAAAAGCAUUGAGGAACUUGGAGACUGGGAUGGACAGAGUCCUGCAACCAUGCGCCAUCAGAAAGGAAAACCGGUAUCCAGUAUUGCUGAUCUGAUAGGAAAGAAACUACCCAGUUUUGGGCCUUACUUGGAACAACGCAAAAAAAUUAUAGCUGAGAACAAGAUGAAAUUGAAGGAACAAGGCACAGCUGCUGUGCUUCCUGAAAAAAAGCAUUUCAUUCCGAAGAAGCCCAUCCCAGCAAUCAAGGAUGUGAUUGGAAAAGCGCUGCAGUAUAUUGGAACAUAUGGUGAGCUCUGCAACACAGAGCAAGUUGUGGCUCUGAUUGACGAGGAAAUGUGUAUCAACUGUGGCAAAUGUUACAUGACCUGUAAUGAUUCCGGCUACCAGGCUAUCCAGUUUGAUGCCGAAACCCACCUGCCCACGGUCACAGACAGCUGCACGGGCUGCACCCUGUGCCUCAGCGUCUGCCCCAUCAUCGACUGCAUCCGCAUGGUUCCCAGGACCACCCCGUAUGAGCCCCGGCGAGGGCUGCCCCUGGCCCUGAGCCCCCUGUGCUGAGCCGUGCCUGCCCUGCGCUGCCUCACCGCCACUGAUCUGCCUUCUAAUUAAACCUCAAAAUCAACCUUUAUGAAAAAAAAAGCGAUAUUGGGAGUCAUUACAGUGAACUGUCUUUUUUUCCAGUUAUUAUUUUUAUGACAAUUAGGUUCUGAAAUUACAGAAAGGCAGCAAUUAGGUGGUUGUAGCUGUCAGUUGUCCACUGUCUGAAAUGUAACUUUUUCCUUGCGAUCUGUGCCGUAAUUUCAAAAGUCCUCUGUAGGCUGUUUAAUCUCUAUGUAAUUUCUGGCUGUAAAUAUAAUUAAGAAACCAUUUUUAAUGAACUACAAAUCAAUGUACAAGCUAACAGUUUUCAAGGAGGCAUUUUGUAAUUAAACAUUACAUUUCAUUUUAAAAGAGUUUCUUAGAAGAUGUAAUUAACUACACAGCAUUCAAACAAAGCGAUGUUGCUUCCAUUUUUCUAUGGGAAGAAAUGAAAGGGAAUUUAAAAUAGGAUUUAAGAACUGGAUUAAUCACUUUCAACUACUACAGCAUAUGGUAGUGUAUUUUUAUAAUCCUUUCUAAUUCUUUCUCACACCAGUCACUUAAUAAGAAUAAAUUUGCUGUACCCUGAGACAUGCUGAACUAUUCAGAUUUGGUGUUGCCUGGGUACCGUCAUCCUUACUUUUUUCCCCCAGUGAACACUUGUAACAUCUAUCUACAAACAGUUAAACCAGCUUAUUGCAAAGCCCAGGUUUCAUUUUAGGAUUUGGAGAAGGGACAACGUGUUUUUUCCGAGCUCAUCCUCUAAAUAACUUUUUAAUUGUGCCAAUUAAUGUUCCGGAAUGUACAUGAUACAGGUCAGAGAUCUGAUUAGGUGCAAUUGGAAUACACACCCAGCAAACCACGUUUGCCAAACAUACGUGUAUAGGGCAAACUGGCAAGAUGAUUUCCCCCAUUGCCAAUUCUUCAUAGUUAGUGGUUGCGUAUCGCUACCGUGAUUUCACAACCGAAAAGAAGUACAGAUUUGUCUGUCUCACUGAAUUCAGUAUUAACCCAUUUUUCAUUCACAGUAGGAACUUUCUAAUAUGAAUGCAUUGCUGUCAGCUUUACUCCACUUAAGAACAUAAAGCCUUUAGUUUCAUAAUAAUAAUAAAUGAUCUAUUCAUUCAAUUUCUUAUACCCCAUAUUGUAAUCGACCAAAGCUUUGAUUAAAAAUAUUCCAACUUUCCUGGUUUACGAUUUGUGCUCCAAAUUACAAAUAAAUAUUGAAACCAA